AUGGCUCUUGACAAGUGGCUGGCUUUGCUGUACCCAAGAGUGCAAGGACGAAGAAGAGAGAAAGAGUGUUGCAGUGUGUGUUUGAUGAGAAUGGAGGAAGAGGAUGUGAUCAAAUCCUUGCCUUGUUCCCAUGAGUUUCAUAGUCUCUGCGUUGAUACGUGGUUCGAUGUCAGCCGGAAGAUUUGUUGUCCUCUCUGCCGGUUUUCACCGGCUACCAUCCUCCUCACCGAUGAACUGUUCCUCUGGUUCUCUUCUUUUCAUUUCUGAUUGUAUUCCUGCUUUUCUGGGGAUCAAACAAAACACCCUUUUCUCCAUGUAAUGCCUCUGAACUCUCUUGUAGUACUAGUUUUUUUCUUUCAAGGGGGAACGUGUAAGAAUGUUUGAUCCCUUGCUGUAAAAAGAUACCAAACAAAGCUUCCACCAUAUGAUUCUCUUCUUUAUACAAACGCC